ACGCAAAAAAAUUGUGUAGUUUUGUGUGGUUUUGUUACAGUGCAGUGACGGUUGUAAAGAUGGUUGUAAAGUCUUCCUGAAAAAGUGCGACUUAAACAUCGAGGAUGGCGGCGUCCAUCGAAAUCCCUUUGCGGGAUACGGAUGAGGUAAUUGAGCUUUACUCUGACCAACUGCCUGAUGGAGAUGAAGUUCUUGGUAUCUUGCGCCAGGAAAACACCCAACUGUCCAUUUGGGUCAACCUUGCGCUGGAAUACUACAAGCAAGUCAAGAUAGAUGACUUCCUGAAAAUAUUAGAGGCUUCUCGUACCGAUGCAAAUGUGGACUACAGGGACUAUGAAAAAGAUCAAAUGCGAGCACUCGAUAUGCUUGCUGCAUAUUACGUGCAGGAAGCGAAUCGGGAGAAAAAUAAGGAUAAAAAACGAGAACUGUUUACAAAGGCGACUCUUUUAUAUACCACCGCAGAUAAGAUUAUCAUGUACGACCAGAACCACUUGUUGGGUAGGGCUUAUUUUUGCCUGCUUGAGGGCGACAAAAUGGAACAAGCAGAUGCACAGUUCAAUUUUGUUUUGAAUCAGUCUCCCAACAAUAUCCCUUCAUUACUUGGUAAAGCGUGCAUUGCGUAUAAUAAAAAGGAUUUCCGAGGUGCUUUGGCUUUCUACAAAAAGGCACUGAGGACAAAUCCUAAUUGCCCAGCUGCAGUCAGAUUGGGUAUGGGGCACUGCUUUAUGAAGCUGAACAAUCAAGACAAAGCUAGACUUGCUUUUGAGAGAGCUUUACAACUUGAUCCCAAAUGUGUGGGAGCAUUAGUGGGUCUAGCCAUAUUAAAAUUAAAUCUGCAACAACCAGAGUCGAUCCGAACUGGUGUUCAAAUGUUGUCCAAGGCUUACACUAUAGAUUCCUCGAACCCCAUGGUUUUGAACCAUCUGGCUAAUCACUUUUUCUUCAAAAAGGAUUACAAUAAAGUUCAACAUUUAGCACUGCACGCUUUCCAUAAUACGGAAAAUGAAGCGAUGCGAGCAGAAAGUUGUUACCAGUUGGCUAGAGCAUUUCACGUUCAAGGCGAUUAUGACCAAGCUUUCCAAUAUUACUACCAAGCUACUCAGUUUGCUCCGGCUGCGUUCGUUUUGCCUCAUUUCGGACUAGGACAGAUGUAUAUAUACAGAGGGGAUACCGAAAAUGCUGCGCAGUGCUUUGAAAAAGUGUUGAAAGCCCAACCGGGCAACUACGAGACCAUGAAGAUUCUGGGAUCUCUUUAUGCCAAUUCUACUUCACAAUCCAAGAGAGAUAUCGCGAAGAACCACCUGAAGAAGGUAACGGAGCAGUUCCCCGACGAUAUCGAGGCUUGGAUCGAGCUAGCGCAAAUUUUGGAACAAUCCGACUUACAAGGCUCCCUGAACGCUUACGGAACAGCAAUUCAAAUUCUAAAGAAGGACGUUCAAGCUGAGAUACCCACAGAAAUACUUAAUAAUGUAGGAGCGUUACACUACAGGUUGAGCAACCUCGAUGAAGCAAAUAAGAACUUAGAAGAGGCCCUGGUGCGAGCCAAGGUGGAAGCGGAGCACGACCCCCAGUACUACAACUCGAUCUCUGUAACCAUCACUUACAACUUGGCCCGAUUGAACGAAGCUCUUUGUCUCUUCGACAAAUCCGAGAAAUUGUACAAGGACAUCCUGAAGGAACACCCUAACUAUGUCGACUGCUAUCUGAGAUUGGGAUGCAUGGCAAGGGACAAGGGACACAUUUACGAAGCCUCCGAUUGGUUUAAGGAGGCCCUCAGGAUAAACACCGAGCAUCCCGACGCCUGGUCGCUGCUGGGAAACCUCCACUUGGCCAAAGCCGAGUGGGGACCGGGACAGAAGAAGUACGAGAGGAUCUUGAAAAACCCGGCUACGUCCCAGGAUUCUUACUCCCUCAUAGCGUUGGGCAACGUCUGGCUGCAGACUCUCCACCAACCCACCAAAGACAAGGAGAGAGAGAAACGCCACCAGGAGCGCGCGCUGUCGAUGUUCAAGCAGGUGCUUAAAAUCGACCCCAAGAACAUCUGGGCGGCGAACGGCAUAGGUGCCGUCCUAGCCCACAAGGGGGCGGUGAACGAGGCCAGGGAUAUUUUCGCCCAGGUCCGUGAGGCCACUGCGGAUUUCUGCGACGUUUGGUUGAAUAUCGCCCACGUCUACGUGGAACAGAAGCAGUUUGUCAGCGCGAUUCAAAUGUACGAGAACUGUUUGAGGAAGUUCUACAAGUACAACAACGUCGAGGUGCUCCAGUAUUUGGCUAGGGCGUAUUACAAGGCCGGAAAACUUAAGGAAAGUAAGAUGGUGUUGCUGAAAGCCCGAAGAGUAGCGCCGCAAGACACCGUCUUGCUGUACAACAUCUCUUUGGUCUUGCAGCGACUCGCAACCUUCAUCUUGAAAGACGAAAAAUCCACGCUUCAGACGGUACUGCAGGCCGUACACGAAUUAGGCCUGUCUUUGAAAUAUUUUACGUACCUGGCGGAGUUCGGCGACAAAAUGCGUUACGACGUUACGUUGGCCGGUAUGGAAGCGAGACAAUGCAAGGAUUUACUCUCCCAGGCCCAAUACCACGUCGCCAGAGCUAGGAGAGUGGACGAGGAAGAGCGACUGCUUAGGAGGAAACAAGACGAGGAACGUACCGCUUUCAAGAUGCGCCAGUUGGAGGAACUCAAAAAAUUGGAGGAGGAGAAACGUGUAUCACACGAGCAGAUGCUACAGAAACGUCAAGAAUACAAGGAGAAGACAAAGAACGCCCUGCUAUUCCUGGAGGCCCCACAACCAUCGAAGAAGAUGAAGGGUCGCAGGGAAGCGCAGUACAUAUCCGACUCGGACAGCGACGACGUUCCAAAUCGAGAAGGAGAAUCCAGAGAGAAGAAUGAGAGGGGCAGGAAAAGGAAACGCAGCGGCGACCGCAAGAAGAAGUCCGGCGGACGCAAACGUAGGGAAAAGAACGAAUUUGGCAGGCGGAGGAAGAUCAAGGAGCCGAAAAGCAAGAAAGACAGAGACGACGGACUCAGUGCUAAACAGAAGAGCAGGAUCGUGUCUAAAGCCACGAUAUCCACCAGCGAAGACGAGAGCGACGACGACCGACUCAAGAUUGCGAGCGGCGAUGAAAACGAAAGUGGAAAGAAGAAGAGGAGGAUCUCUUCCGGAUCGGACUCUUCUAGGUCUAGGAGUCGGUCUAAGUCGAGGUCUAGAUCUAGAUCGAAAAGUGGGUCUAGAUCGAGGUCCAGGUCUAAGAGCAAGUCACGAUCUAAAAGUGGUUCCCGAUCCAGAUCAAGGUCUAAAUCCAGGUCUAAAUCUGGAAGCCGUUCAAGGUCCCGUUCAAAAAGCGGAUCAAGGUCUAAGUCCAGAUCCAAGUCUAGGUCUAGAAGUGGUUCUAGAUCAAAAUCGAGAUCAAGAAGUCAUUCAAAGUCAAGGUCCAGAAGCGUUUCGAGAUCAAGAAGCAAGUCUAAAUCAAAGUCUAGGAGUCGAUCGAAAUCAAAGUCUAGGUCUAGGAGUAGAUCCAAGUCGAAGUCAAGGUCUAGGAGUAGGUCUAAAUCGAAGUCAAGGUCUAGAAGUAGGUCUAAAUCGAAGUCGAGGUCUAGUAGGUCCAAAUCGAAGUCAAGGUCUAGAAGUAGGUCUAAAUCGAAGUCGAGGUCUAGAAGUAGGUCUAAAUCGAAGUCGAGGUCUAAAAGUAGGUCCAAAUCGAAGUCAAGGUCUAGGAGUAGGUCUAAAUCGAAGUCAAGGUCUAAAAGCAGGUCUAAGUCUCCUUCGAGGUCCAGAAGCAGAUCAGCGUCUAGAUCGGGCAGCGAAAAAGGUUCUCCUAAACAUAGCGGAAAUGAGAGUGAAUAGAGGUGAAAUAUUUAGCAAAAAGGCUGUUGCAAAUAGGUUUUCUUACGAUUUACGAACAUUACGAGGGUUGUAAAUAUUUUUCGUUUACUGAAUUUGGAAAUAUUUGAUGCAAAGCUUUUCUAUUUGGUACAGUUAAAACUCUUUCUCCAGUCUUUAUUUUAAUUAUCAUUUAAAAAAAAAUAACUGCGUUAAAGAAAAGUUUGGGUAUAUAUAUAUUUACAGUUUUA